AUGGAUCAUAAACUGAAAGUAAACCCUCCUUCAUUCAAGACUUUUGGAUCGUCGGGAAGUAGAUUUAUGAUGAAAAGUGAGCAAACAAAAAUUACCAAUUCAUGCAUGACACUAGCCAAAGACGUGUGGUUGGGAGAAUCGAAGAAUGGCAAUCUUGUAUUCUCUCCAUUCUCGAUGGACAUUGCUCUUGGUUUACUAGCUUCUGGAGCAACUGGUGAAACCUUAAAUCAGAUAUUAGGGUUUCUGAAUUCUGAGAGUCUCAGCAAUCUGAAUUCCGUUCAUUCUCAACUCAUCGACAUGUUGGGUAAAACACAAACCGAACCUAAACUGUCUUUCGUUGGUGGUGUUUGGGUCAGCUCCUCACUUAAACCUUCGUUCCAACAAGUUGCUCAUGCAGUUUACAAAGCGGAAGCCGAGACUGUGGAUUUCGUAAAUAAGAGCGAAGAAGUGCUGAAGAAGGUGAAUGCAUGGGCUGCAAAGAAAACCAAUGGAUUAAUUCAAGAUCUCCUGCCUGCUGACGCAGUCAAUGAAAAAGCCAAGUUUAUAUUGGCGAAUGCACUCUAUUUUAAAGGAUCAUGGUGGCAGUAUCAAUUUAAACCAUCACUAACUGAGAUGUCAAAGUUCUAUCUCCUUGGGGGAAAAGAAUCAAUAGAAGUUCCAUUUAUGUCAUCAGAGUCAUGGAGAUACCAAUAUAUAAGUUGUUAUAAGAGCUUCAAAGUACUAAGACUACCUUAUUUUCGAAGGAAUAUGGAAAUCCGUCAACAUUUUUCUAUGUACGUAGUUUUACCCAUGCAACACGAUGGGCUCCGUGAACUUAUUGAAGAGGUGAGCUCUGAUCCUGCUGCUUUUCUGGAUCAGUACCUCCCAGUUAUCUAUAAAUCGGUUCCAACAAGAGAAUUCAAGGUUCCCAAGUUCAAAAUUUGUUUUGAUUUUGAAGCAAAAAGUGUACUACAGGAAAAAGGACUAGUUUUGCCUUUUGAUGAAUAUAAGGCAGAGCUGACUGAGAUGCUGGAUGCUUAUACUGGAAGUACCCUUCAUGUUGAUAGUAAUAAAGAAGAGCUGACUGAGAAUAUUGGCAACAAGCUUCACGUUUCGAAGGUUUAUCACAAGUGUUUUGUUGAAAUUGAUGAAGUUGGAACAGAAGCUGCUGCUUCUACAGCUAUUAUUGGGCAGGCAUAUGCUUGCUGCGGUCCUCUUCCUCCUCCCCCUCCUCCUGUCGAUUUCGUAGCGGACCAUCCAUUCAUGUUCAUAAUCAGAGAGGAGCAGAGUGGUGCAGUGUUGUUCAUGGGACAUGUCCUAAAUCCUUCAUUGAACUAG